UUCACAGCGUGACGGCGAGCUGUGCACGUUUGGUCCCCGUGCAGGACGCCCGACUGUCGGCGUCGCUCACCUGCGGUCGGGACUUCUCCUAACGGGAGUGCCCUGCCCAAGCCCAAACGGAGCCGCAGCAUGCCAGGCGCGCGGCAGGAGGAUUACGCCUCGCUCGUUUCCGCGGAGUGACUUGUCCACAAUGGAGGAGAAGUUCAGUAGACUCAUCUUCAUCCCCAUCGCGGCCGUGCUGUGCUUCGUGAUCACCUACCAGUACGUGUGCCCCGCGGAGAGCAACACCUGCUACUUCUUACGUGAAGAGAGCGGCCUUUUCGAACAACAUGCGUCCGUCCACACCGAGCAGCAGCUGGACGAGGACCUCAGCGCCAAAACGGGGUUCAGAUUUAACUUCACGGAGCGGGACCUGGAAAGACACGUGGACUUUGACAUCCGAGGAGAUGACGUGAUGGUGUUCCUGCACAUCCAGAAGACCGGAGGAACCACGUUCGGUCGCCACCUGGUUAAGAACAUCCAGCUGGAGCAGCCCUGCGAGUGCACGCCCGGCCAGAGGAAAUGCACGUGUCACCGGCCCGGUAAAAGCGAGUCGUGGCUCUUUUCCCGUUUCUCCACCGGCUGGAGUUGCGGCUUGCACGCCGACUGGACCGAGCUAACGAGCUGCGUUCCCGUGGUGAUGAAUAAGCGGGACAAAAAGAGUUCCCAAAAGAAAAAAAGGAAUUUCUACUACAUCACCAUGCUACGUGACCCUGUGUCACGCUACCUCAGUGAGUGGAAGCAUGUACAGCGUGGCGCCACCUGGAAAACCGCCAUCCACAUGUGUGACGGCCGCCCACCCACUCAGGACGAACUUCCAGCCUGCUACAGCGGUGAAGACUGGACUGGUGUUACCCUGACAGACUUCAUGAAUUGCCCCUCCAACCUAGCCAACAACCGCCAAGUGCGCAUGCUCGCUGACCUCAGCCUUGUAGGCUGCUACAACAUGUCCAUGAAUGAGCUGGAACGAGGCCGUGUGCUGCUUGCCAGCGCAAAGGCCAACCUGCGUAACAUGGCCUUCUACGGUCUGACAGAGUACCAACGAAAGACACAACACUUAUUCGAACGGACGUUCAACCUGCGCUUCAUUCGUCCCUUCACCCAAAUCAAUAGCACACGCGCUGCCGGUGUGGGAAUCAACAAGAAAGUGCAAUGGCUCAUCGAAGGGCUGAAUGCCCUUGAUGUGGAGCUCUAUGAGUACGCUAAGGAGCUUUUCCUGCAGCGCUACCAGUACAACCGCCAAAAGCAGCAUCAAGAGGAGCGUCUCCGGCGGCGGCGGGAGAGGCAGCGUCUGCAUAGGACCUACCUGGCAGAGUUGCUGAGAUUAGGAGGAGACGAGGAGGAGGACAUGAAGGUGCUUGGCACUACCGAUGACUAUAACAGUCAGGUGGCACUAUGGUGAGGAGGACACAACAGAGACCAAACUGACUGCUGUUCUGCUCUCCUUACUUUGCUGUCACUCUGCCAAAUUCUGUCAUCCCCUAGUACUUGGUUGGGUGGCCGAAAGGUGUCUUAAUAGUUAUGAUGGAUGUAUUUGGAACAUUUUGUAUGUGAUUGUUUCUUAAGGCUAUUUUUGGCACUGCAGUUGUAAAAAUUUAUUUGAUUUCACGAGCAAAGCAAAAUGUCUUAUAUAUUUGGCUAAAGUUUAAUGUCUGCAAAAAACGAUGCAGCAGUUUUGUAAAAGUCUUUGAAUAAUAAAUGGGCUUUCAGGAUCUUCUGUGUUAUGUUCUAGCGCUGUGUCGACCAGUAAAAUAUUGUGCUUACUUUGUGGCUAGGUCAGAAAAUCAAGGCACAAAGUUGGCUGUCAUCUUUCUUUUUUCUCCUAUUCAUUGACCUCCACUAAUGAGAAGCAAUCAAGGCUGUUCCUUAGCGGAAAUUGUGUCAAUAAAAAAUUACAGCAUUC